AUGCAGACGCUUACACUUAUCGUCGCGGUGGUCGCGCUGGUUGGCUUUGGUCUACUUACUCUGCUCAACGCUGCUCGGUCCACGCAUGCCUGGAAGAACAAGUCGACCGAGCCUCCCGGGCCAACACUGAUACCAUGGGUCGGCAGAAUUCACGAUCUUCCCAUCGAGAAGAUGUGGACAAAGUUUCACGAGUGGGCCAACAUCUAUGGUCCACUGUACCGCACGAAGAUGUUGGGCGCCAACUUUAUUAUCAUUUCAGAUGAGAAAGUGGCCGAAGACAUUCUGGUAAAGCAGGCAAGGAUCUUCUCCGACCGUCCUGAGAUGAAGUCGCUGUUCGACUCAAAAAGCUCCACUGGGACAAUGGAGUAUCUUCCUCUCAUGGGCAAGAACCAGUACUGGGCACGUCAGCGGAAGUUUGCUCACGCCUAUCUCACAGAAGCUACAAACGCUCGUUACUACGGUGUAAUGUACCAUGAGACUAAGCGAUGGCUCGCCCGACUUCUCGAGAAUCCGGAUGAUUUCAUUUUCUCCCUGGAAGACAUGGCUUCCAAGGUCAUGUGCCAUCUUACGUGGGACGACCCAAGCCACAGCGAAUACAUGACACCUAGUGCUUGGGGUCUGUUGACUCAGAUGUCGCCUGCUGGUCCCAUCACUAACGUCAUUACUCCCCUGUGGGACUAUCUGCCAGAGCCGAUAAAUCCCUGGAAGAUCGCGGAAAGAAAGCGUCACGAUAUACAGCAAGCAUGGUGGAUGGAUCGUCUUCACCAAGUGCGCGACUCCAGAGCAAAGGGCCAAGCCCGACCCUCCUGGACAAACACUUAUCUCGAAGGCACUAGGACAGGCGGUCUGUCGGGCGAUUACGAAGCAUCCUCUGCGUUGGGUAUGAUGGCACUUGUCGGAGUGUUCACUGUGGCUGGUCCGCUGUACUACUUCCUCCUUGCCAUGGUCUACCAUCCAGAAUGGCAGAAGAAGUGCCAGCAGGAGAUUGAUGAAGCAUGCUGCGGACGCAUGCCUGAACUAACGGACAUGCCAAAUCUGCCAAUUCUGCGCGCAUGCAUCAAAGAGACUAUGCGAUGGAAGCCAAAUGUUCCUACAGGAGUCGCGCACGAAGCCGAGGCUGAUGGUUUCUACGAGGGCUACAUGAUUCCCAAAGGGUCUCGUAUCCUACCUCUCGAUAUUGCGUUCAUGCGCAAUCCCGUCAAAUACCCAGACCCGGAGAACUUCCGACCUGAGCGAUGGCUUGAGGCUGGCUGGCCUACUUUCCAGGAGCCUUUGACUCAAUUUCCAACGAUCAUGGGCAUGACAUCGUUCGGAUGGGGACAAAGAGCUUGCCUGGGACAGUCCGUGACGAGAGACGAGACCGUAGUGGCAUGUGGAGGCCUUCUUUGGGGUUUCAACAUAGGCAAGAAACCGGACAAGAAUGGUCAACCCAUCUGGCCGGCCUUGGACAAGUCGAACUCGCUUCUCAUCAUCAAACCUGAUCCAUUCGAGAUGGCAUUCGAACCACGGAGCGCUGGUCGCGCAGCAGAAAUUGUACAGAAUUGGAAGGCUACAGAUGCUCAGGAUCAAGCAGAUCGAGCGGCGUUCGCAGAGAAAGCAGUUCCAUUGGCAGUAUGA